AUGUUACUUUUGUGUAGGUCGACAACUGAUACUUCUGAAUCUCUUUAUACUUACAAACCGAUUUCUUCGACAAGAUCAGCCACGUCGACCAAAUCUAGUCCGGAUCCCGAGACACGAUCAACAGAGCACGUAAAACUUGUCAAAUAUCAAACUCCAAUUAAGCGGAUUGUUGUGGAAUCUGCGUCGCCUUGUUGCAAUGAUCUCCUCGAUCUUAGACUCGAAUGUGUUGAUGGAAAUUUUGUCGAUACAAGUUCUUUGUUGCGAGAAAAGACUUUUCAGCGAAAUAUCAAUGUUUUCAUUGCGACUCUUGAUAUAAAACUGCCACCGGAUACAUUGGCUAAAUAUGACAAUGUCAAAGUUGAACCGUUUGAUGAUGAAUGUGUCUUUAUUGCAAAAAUAUUAUCCAUUAAAGAUAAAUUAAUUUAUGUUGUUCUACCGAUCGCACUGGGCGAUUUCGUCGUACCAUUAAUACACAAUCAUAGAUGCGUUGAAAAAAUUUACUUACAUCAACAAUCUGAUGACGCAGAAUCGACUGAUUGGAUACAAGAAUAUCCAAAAAUUGGUGGUAAUGGAUCAUCCAUUGAUCUUCUAAAAGACAGUAUGAUACAAGAUAUUAAUACCAUUAUGAAACGCCCUUCACGUUGGUCAAGAUCCAAAACCUUAUUGAAUCAAUUAUCGUCGCAGAAGAGUAAAGUUGAUGCAUUAGUUCCUAUCGAACAUACAGUCACAGAUGAUCUAAUUACAAUUCGCAUUGUCAUAUUAUUUAUCGGGCCACGUCAACCAUUUCAUCUGUCUCGCAGUAAAAUUGAAAUCACUGAAUUCGAUGAUAUUGAAAAAUGUAUUCAAUCAAUUCAAAAUAAUAGCUCAACUCCAGUUUAUCUGAUUAUUUCAAUGGGAAAAUUCCAAGAUAUACAGUCGAUAGUUGAACUGGAUCCUGUUCAUGCUGUCUAUAUUGUAAUCGAUCCGGAAUCGAAUAAAAUAGUCCAAUCAAUUUCAAGUUAUUCGAAAUUGAGCGGUAUAUUUGUUCUUAACGAUGAUCUACUUGAUCAACUUAUCAGAGAUAUUUGUUUUCAUCGUCAGAUUAGUUUUCGUUUACCAACAAUGAAUAUUUUCAAACUGGAGUCAAAUAUUCUCAGCAAGCUUAACGAGCGCCAAAAAGACUUCUUAUGCUUUCAACUGUUUAGUGGCAUCCUAUCAGAGUUACCAUUACAAUCAACUACAAUUACUGAUAGUAACAUUCACAUUAAGGAUGGUCACUUACUUGCUGAUAUAAUCGAAGGUAAUACUAAACUCAAUCAUCUUUUUAAAGAUUUCAGUACAACUACAUUACAAAAUUCAGCAAUAACUUUGAAAGAAAUCGAUCAACGGAUUGCAUCCUUACCAAAAACUACCGAUUCAACGCCUGACACAGUCUAUCGAGCUCAAAUUGUGUCAAAGAAAGAUUUAGAAAUGUUGCAAGCUAAUUCUGAUAGUCUUCUUGCAAUACAAACUUUUGUUUUAGCUUCCCGUUCGUUUCAAUCUAUAGUUGAUAUUUGUCGUCAAGCAGUCGAUAAUGAACUUAGUGUAGUUCUCUUCGAGCUCAAAUUGUCUGAUCAAGCAUCCGUACCCAGUCUGGAUCCAGAGACAGUCAUUUUUAGUCUUGGCACUCUGUUUCGACUAGUUUCAACGGAACCAGGGCCCGGUGGUGUCUGGCAUGCUCAACUCGAAUUAGCUGAUGGAAGCAUGAAUAGUAUUACGAACCGACUUCGCUCUGAGAUCGGUGGUCAUCUUACAUGGUUGACAUUCGGAAAUUAUUUGACUGCUUUUAAACGAUUUGAUACUGCAAACAACUAUUAUGAAUAUCUGUUACUGGUACUUCCAUCAGAUCAUUCGAGUCGGCGAUCUAUCUACAACAACAUGGGCUUGAUGUAUGCUGAAACGAAUAAUCAUACAGAAGCAUUGAAAUUCUUUGAGAAAGCAACGACAUUCCCCGUCAAUAAUUCGGCUGUAGAAAUGGAACAAAAAGUUCAGUCUACUGCUUGCGUCUCAACUUCUCAGUCAUCUACUCCCAGCAAGAUCGAUACAUUAAAAAAGAUAGCAGAAAUUAGCUAUGCCCAAGGCAAUCAGAAAACAGCACUUGAAUAUUAUCGUCGUGCACAGGAUAUAGCGCCAGAUGCGACUCUGCGCCAGUUUUAUCAAGAAAAAAUUGACAAGAUUCUGUAUUCUGAUGAUCUAAAGAAAACUUAA